GUGAAAGUAAAAGUUACAUCUAACAUAGCAUUCGAUCCUUAAUAAUAGAUCUACGUUUCAUGCUUCGGAUCCGGAUUUAUUGGCAUAUUAUUAUCAUCACUAACGCUUCGUUAAAGAAAUGAACAAGUUCUACACUCUUGUGGCCGGGGAUACUACGGGGUGUCAUGUGGAGAUGAACAGAAAUCUCACCUCAAGAGGCCUGACUGAAGUGAAGUCACCAGCAGACUGUGAUGUCAUCAUGGCUUACUGUCCAGUUGUCUCUCGACUAGGGACUGAUCUUGAGGCAGCUAUGGAAAGAAUUCCAGCUGGUAAACCAGUCAUCCUAGUGGUGCUGCAUCACACCUUCAACCCAGACUACACUGUACCUGACAGCAGCAGACAUGUGACCGGUCAAGUCAUUCACAUUGUGGACGUUCUGUUCCACAACACUGAAGGAGGACUCCUGAAGUGUUCUCACAAUGACAAAGCUGUGGAUCAGAUUCUGAAUGUCAUCACUAAGUCCCGGGCUCCAGUUCCAGGCUCAAACACAGACCCAUCUCCACCUCCUGUCAACUACCAGUGUGCAGAAAUGAACAAGUUCUACACUCUUGUGGCCGGGGAUACUACGGGGUGUCAUGUGGAGAUGAACAGAAAUCUCACCUCAAGAGGCCUGACUGAAGUGAUGUCACCAUCAGACUGUGAUGUCAUCAUGGCUUACUGUCCAGUUGUCUCUCGACUAGGGACUGAUCUUGAGGCAGCUAUGGAAAGAAUUCCAGCUGGUAAACCAGUCAUCCUAGUGGUGCUGCAUCACACCUUCAACCCAGACUACACUGUACCUGACUGCAGCAGACAUGUGACCGGUCAAGUCAUUCACAUUGUGGACGUUCUGUUCCACAACACUGAAGGAGGACUCCUGAAGUGUUCUCACAAUGACAAAGCUGUGGAUCAGAUUCUGAAUGUCAUCACUAAGUCCCGGGCUCCAGUUCCAGGCUCAAACACAGACCCAUCUCCACCUCCUGUCAACUACCAGUGUGCAGAAAUGAACAAGUUCUACACUCUUGUGGCCGGGGAUACUAGGGGGUGUCAUGUGGACAUUAACGGAAAUCUCACCUCAAGAGGCCUGACUGAAGUGAUGUCACCAUCAGACUGUGAUGUCAUCAUGGCUUACUGUCCAGUUGUCUCUCGACUAGGGACUGAUCUUGAGGCAGCUAUGGAAAGAAUUCCAGCUGGUAAACCAGUCAUCCUAGUGGUGCUGCAUCACACCUUCAACCCAGACUACACUGUACCUGACUGCAGCAGACAUGUGACCGGUCAAGUCAUUCACAUUGUGGACGUUCUGUUCCAUGACUCCAAAGGAGGACUCCUGAAGUGUUCUCAAAACGCCAAAGCUGUGGCUGAGAUUCUGCACUGCCUCCCAAGUUCUAAGGCACCUGUAGGCAUGCCCGGAUCCUGUUUGUGCUCCUGUUUGUGUUCCUGGUCCUGACUCUGGUCCUGUCCUUGGCUCUGAUCAUUGCCCUGGCUACGGGGAACAAGGCAUCCACAGGCAUAGGCGUGGUCCUAGGCCUGGCUCUGGCCUUGAGCCUGUGCUUGGGCCUGGCCUUUAUUUCAAAGAAAGGAAAUAUUGUAAGUUUGUAGUAUUGUAAGCUAAAGAAACAAAACACCUCACCCUUCUUGAUAUAAGCUUCUGUAUCAUUGGGUUUGUAUCGGUCUCAAUAACCAUGAAUAAAAGUAGCAUGUAGGCUAA